GCAACCCUGCAGUCUUUUGAUGAGAGCUGGUGCCUGAGUGGAGGACAGUCCGAAACUGAUGGUUACAGGGUGCUUACAUUAAAGGCAAGGACAAACUGAGCUUGGAGCAUGGACCACUUUGAUAUGAACUCCAACAUCUCUAAGGCUACGGCACUCUUAACCAUGGAAUCUCUGAAUUUACCCCCGCUGGGCGUCUACCCAGCCUUCGCCCUGGGAACAGCGGUGUACUGCUUCAUCCUGUUCUGCAACAGCAUGCUCGUCAUCACCAUAGCGCUGCACGGCAGUCUGCACAAACCCAUGCACGUGCUGCUCUUCAACUUGCCCAUAAACGACAUGGUGGGGGCCUCCGCCUUCUUCCCUCAGUUCAUCGCCAGCAUUCUGGCCCAGAGGCGCUCCAUCUCUUACCCAGCAUGCUUCGUGCAGGGCAUGCUCGUACACCUGUACGGCGUGGGAUCCCUGCUGAUACUGACCGCGAUGGCGUACGACAGGUACGUCGCCAUCUGCAGCCCGCUGAGGUACAACGCCAUCAUGACCAACGGCAACUUGGUGAAGAUCAUCGCCGCCAUGUGGCUCGCGGACUUCCUUGUGAUCGGCGCGCUCUUUGCUCUGCUCACCCGUUUUGACAUCUGCAGGACGCUCAUAGUGGACAUGUACUGUAACAAUCCCACAUUAAUGAAGCUCAUCUGUGACGACACGUACAUAAACAACUACUACGGGCUGUUCUUAAUGGUUGUGACUCAGGGCGGGUCGCUGCUUGUGAUCACGUACACGUACGUCCAAAUCCUGCUCACCUGCUUGCUCAACAAGCAGUCUGACGCCAAGAGCAAAGCUAUUCAGACGUGUGCCACACACUUAGUGGUCUUCCUGUUCUUGGAGUUCAACGCAUUCUUUACUAUAAUCGCACAUCGUUUGAACAGCGUCUCCCCAUAUUUGAGGAAGUCUUUCGGAGUCUCAGUAUUAAUCUUUCCUCCUCUCCUUAACCCCUUAAUAUAUGGCCUCAAAACUAAAGAAAUUCGAGAGAAGAUUAAAUUCUUCAACAAACAAGUGUCUCAUUUUUAAGGAUAGGUGGCCUGAAUUAAUAUCUGGCUAAGUGUCAGUCAUCUCAAUCUGCAAAUUCUGAUUGCGUGUGUUACAUGUUAUACUG